AUGGCUCCUCGCCAGGAGGAGACUUCGGCCGACCAGUUUCUCAAACUCAUCCAGAAUCCUUUUUCAUCUUCGUUCCAGGUGAACGCUGUCUGGGCCUCGCUGGGCACCUCCAUCGGCAUUUCCGUCUCGCUCGCCAUCCUCUUCUCGCUCUUCCGCCCACGCCAUACCCUCGUCUACGCCCCCAAGGUCAAGCAUGCAGAUAACAGACACGCACCUCCCGUGGUGGGCAAGGGGAUCUUUGCAUGGGUCAAGCCCGUCCUGCACACGCACGAGGAUGAACUGGUCAACACCAUCGGCCUGGACGCCACGGUCUUUCUCCGCUUCACCACCAUGUGCCGCAACAUCCUCGUUAUCAUGAGCAUCAUCGGCUGUCUGGUCAUGAUCCCCGUCAACGUCACCCAGCAGAAUAGCAGCGAGGAGUCUAGCUCCAGCACCGUCUUCACCAAGAUGACCCCGUUGGAUGUCAAGUCCACCGCCAUCUGGAGUCAGGUCGCUUGUGCUUGGGCCUUUGAUCUCAUCAUCUCGUAUUUUCUCUGGUCAAACUACAAGGCUGUUCGUCGCUUGCGCAGGAGAUACUUUGAGAGUUCCGAAUAUCAACGCAGUCUGCAUGCAAGGACUUUGAUGAUCACGGAUAUUCCUCCCCCCGCUCGCUCCGAUGAAGGAUUGCUGCGCUUGACAGAUGAGGUCAAUCCUACAGCGGCGCUCCCCCGAGCCGCCAUCGGCCGGAACGUUAAGGAUCUGCCGGAUCUGAUCAAGGAACACGAUGAGACGGUGCGCGAGCUCGAGUCCGUUUUGGCACGGUACCUCAGGCGGCCGGACCGGCUGCCGGCCAAACGACCAACCCUGCGGCCACCGAGGAAAUACCGUGCUCAGUACAAGAGCGACAAGGUGGACGCCAUCGACUACCUGACGCUGCGGAUCAAAGUGCUGGAGGAAGAGGUCAAGCAUGUCCGGGCGUCGAUUGACCGACGCAACGCCAUGCCCUACGGCUUCGCCAGCUGGGAGAUGAUCGAGCACGCCCACGCGGUCGCCUUUGCGGCGCGCAAGAAACACCCGCAGGGCACGACAAUCCGUCUGGCGCCGCGCCCGAGCGAUCUGAUCUGGGAGAACCUGCCGUUGUCCAAGACGAACCGCCGGUGGAAGCGCUUCAUGAACCGCAUCUGGGUCACCCUGCUAACCGUCGUCUGGAUCGCCCCCAACGCCAUGAUCGCCAUCUUUCUGGCCAACCUUAGCAACCUGGGUCUCGUCUGGCCUGCUUUCCAGACCUCCCUCGACGCCAACCCGGUCAUCUGGGCCGCUGUGCAGGGUAUCGCCUCCCCCGCCGUCACGUCACUGGUCUACCUCGUGCUGCCCAUCAUCUUCCGUCGGCUGUCCAUGCAGGCUGGUGACGUGACCAAGACUUCGCGCGAGCGUCAUGUCCUGCACCACCUGUAUGCCUUCUUUGUCUUCAACAAUCUGAUUGUCUUCUCGCUCUUCUCCGCCGCGUGGACCUUCGUCGCCGCCGUCGUGUACUAUGAGAAGCACGACGACAACGUCUGGGAGGCCUUGCAAGACGGUCAUCUGUACACAAAACUCGUCAGCGCCCUCUGCCAGGCGUCCCCCUUCUGGGUGACAUGGCUCCUGCAGCGAAACCUCGGCGCGACCAUCGACCUGGUACAGAUGGUCAACAUGGUCAGGGUCUGGUUCGCGAAGACCUUCCUGGCGCCCACCCCGCGCCAGGCCAUUGAAUGGACCGCCCCGCCGGCCUUUGACUACGCCAGCUACUACAACUACUUCCUCUUCUACACCACCGUCGCCUUUAGCUUCGCCACCCUGCAGCCCAUCGUCCUGCCCGUCACCGCGCUGUACUUUGGCGUCGAUGCCGUGCUCAAGAAGUACCUGUUGCUCUACGUGUUUGUCACCAAGAACGAGUCCGGGGGCCGCUUCUGGCGCGUGCUCUUCAACCGCCUCAUCUUCGCCACCAUCUUCGCCAACUGCAUCAUUGCCCUCGUCGCCAAAGUCAACGGCUCCUGGACCAUGGUGUUUUGCGUCAUCCCACUGCCCUUCAUGAUGCUGCUCUUCAAGUUCUACUGCAUGCGCACCUUUGACACCGACAUCGAGUUCUACAACCGCAGCAACCUCAGCGACGCCGAGGCUCUCGGCGCCCCGGGUAAAUCGACCAGAAGGGCCGCCGACCGCCUGAGUUCGAAAUUCGGCCACCCGGCUCUGUACAAACCGCUCAUCACCCCGAUGGUACACGCCAAGGCCGCCGAUGCCCUGAAGCGCAUCUACAGCGGGCGCAUCGGCACCGCCGACACCCUGGCGCUAGGGGGGGAAUACUCGGACAUCGCGAUGGACCCCAUGUCUGCCGGCAAGCCGGGCAAGACCGAGGACCCAGUAGUUGCUGCUGCUGCUGCCGACGCCACGGCCCCCUUCGAGGUCGUACCGGAGAACCACCUGGACUUCUCCUACUACAAGAACCGCGCCGACUUCCGCGACGAGUUCGGCGGCGGCAUCUACGGCCGGCCCGAGGAUCUCAUGACCGAACGCUCACAUACCCCGCGCAGCUUCAUGGGCGAAUGGUCGCCCAGCUCUUCUCGCGCUUCCUCGCCCACCCCAUCAUUAUCCUCCCGGCAGCCAGAACCGGGGGGCUAUUAUGACCCGCUCGACGCGCGUGCCCAGGAGUUCGACCUGCGGACACAACAACAACAACAACAAAAUCAUCAUUCUGGUCCCUCAGGCACCGGGUCGGCCAUGUACCGACAAUCAUCAAACGGGAGCGAGACACAGUUACUCCGGCACCCGCAGGAGCUCUCGCAGACGCAGUCGCACAACUCCGACGUCCUUGCACCGCUGGACCGGUGGCGGACAGGCGGGUAUGGACCUGUCCAGCAGGAGGAGGAGUUUAUCUCUUACGAACAUUACAGGACGGCGCGGUAG